AAAUACAACGGGUUCAGGCGGAUAUCAGAACGGCGGGACGGCCUGAGGUCAGAUACAGUGACGUCACGAAGGAGAAGCCCAUUCGGCUUAUGGCCAGGGUGCUUGUCCCCGUCAAAGAUCAUCCCAAGUUCAAUUUCGUGGGGAAGCUGCUGGGUCCGAAGGGAAACUCCCUGAAGCGUCUGCAGGAGGAGACGCUGACCCGCAUGGCCAUCCUGGGCCGCGGCUCCAUGAGGGACAAGGUCAAGGAGGAGGAGCUGCGUGUGUCCGGGGGUCCGCGGGCUGCCCACCUGCUGGAGGAUCUGCACGUGGAGAUCGUGGCGUUCGCCGCUCCCGCCGAGGCGUACGCCAGGGUGUCGUACGCACUGGCUCUGCUUCGCCGGUACCUCAUCCCCGACAACAACGACCAGAUCCGGCAGGAGCAGAUGCGUGAGAUGAAGCACCUCGGGCUGAGGGAGGACCGGUCGGAGGUCAGCCCAGCACCGGUCCCCGCCGCGGAGGUCAGGCGGACAUCUGUCGAUCUGAUCGAAGGGGCCGGCAGCGGCUCUUCCGACUUAGAGGGCACCAUGGGGCUCACUGAAGACGACUGCAAGAGCUCAGAGGGGUCGGACGGCUCCGUGCCGUCGCAGGGCCUGGCCCCACACUCUCCCAGACGGAGCCAGACGAGCCGCGUGCUCAACAUACUGGACCGCGCCCGGCUCCUCAACAGCAGGACACCGGCUCUGAUCAAAACCAGCGACGACGCCAGCACCGCCAAACGCUUUUCUGUCGAUGGCUCCAGUGACUUCCAGCAAGUUAUUUUCGCUGCGGAAGGUGGCGGCGCCGUCCGGUGGCUAGGGCUGGGUUCUCCCCUGACACGGACGCGGCUUCGUCCAGCGCCCUACCUUCUGCCCAAGUGACCGGCCAGCACACCACGCAACUCCCGCUCGAGUCCCACAUCUGCUGUCUGGGCGGGCCCCGCCGGCUACCUUCAGGCCAGGUGACCGGUCGACAUCACGUGUACUUCGUGCCCGAGUGACGGGUCACCGGUCACUCGGGCAGAUCUGGCCGGCCACCCAGCCCAGGUGACCGCUAACAGGUCCCCCCGCACUGGUGACGAGUGACCG